AAACAUUUAAAUAAUUGACACACAGCUGAUUUAUGUUGGGUAAAUUGGGCCAACCACAGCUGAUUCCAGUCUGGCUUAGUGGCAGGGUUUUUUUCUUCUAUUACAUUGACACAUAUAUAAAAGGAGGACUUUGAGGAGUGAUGUGUUUGGAAACAGAAACAGAAAAAGACAAACACUGUAAUGUCUGGACGAGGAAGAGUAAGAGCAAGGGGCCCAGGGAGAAGAGCAGGCCCAGUGAGAGGUGCAGGAGCAAGGAGAGAUGCAGGAGCAGUGAGAGGAGCAGGACCAGGGAGAGGAGCAGGCCCAAGGAGAGGGCAAGGUAGAGGUGUAAGAAUGCGUGGUGGUGGCAUUCCAAGGGCUCCAAGAACAGUAGUCAGUGAUGAAAUUCGUGCCACUAUCAUUGACCAUGUAAUCAACCACGGUCUUUCACUAAGAGAGGCUGGUGAAAGAGUGCAGCCCAAUUUGAGGCGGUCAACGGUUGCUUCCAUUAUACGCAUCUUUCAACAAACCAACAGAAUGCAACGUCUUCCACCCUCUGGGGGAAGAGGAAAGCUCCUCAGUAAUGAUCAAGAGCUUGCCAUUGUAGAAAUAGUUGUUGCAAACAAUGCAAUAAAACUGCGUGAAAUUCAGACUAGAAUUGUGGAGGACCAUGAGAUGUUUGAUAACAUCGAUAGCAUCAGCCUCACAACCAUUACGCGGACAUUGUCCAAACACAGAGUGCCGAUGAAGCAGCUCUACACUGUUCCCUUUGAGAGGAACAGUGAGAAAGUCAAGGAGCUUCGACGACAAUAUGUCCAGGUAUAG